AUGGCCGGCGAUCGGAUUCAGCCAAAACACACUCCUUCUACCUCCUCCGGCCAUGCAUUGAGACAGCCAUCAACAUCAUCAUCAUCCUCACGAGUUUCUUCCAAGUCUAAACCUCCGCCAGGGACCUACAUCAUUGAGCUACCAAAGGAUCAGGUUUACUGGUAUCCGCCGCCGGACGCUCAUCUUAAGUUCCUCGAAUAUGUUAACAACCGGAAAUCCCGUCGGAGCUCCUGCUGCUGCCGGUGCUUCUGCUGGACAAUCGCCUUUUUAGCUCUCCUCCUCGUUCUCCUCGCGCUGGCCGCCGCCCUAUUCUACCUCAUCUUCCGCCCUGAAUCACCCAAAUAUUCCGUCGUAAAUGUAGCCAUUCAUGGCUUCAAUCUAACUUCAUCGCCGUCGUCAUCUUCGUUGAUCUCGCCGGCAUUUGACGUCACUAUUCGAUCGGAAAACCCUAACGAUAAGAUCGGGAUCUACUACGAGAAAGGAAGCGCCGUCGAUUUAUACUACUCCGGUAUCCACCUCAGUCACGGCAAACUUCCAGCAUUUUAUCAACCGUCAAAUAACUUCACGCUCUUCAAGACGGUGUUAAAGGGUUCCCGCGUCGUCCUCACCGGCGCCGUUAAAUCGAAAUUGAAGGCCGAUUCGAAUAAAGGAUCGGUGCCGUUAAGAGUAAACGUUAGAGCGCCGGUUAAGAUCAAGGCCGGCGGCAUUAAGACCUGGAAGAUAACCGUGAAUGUGAAUUGCGACGUUACCGUUAAUAAGUUAACGGAGAAAUCAAAAAUUAUUUCCAAGGACUGCAAAUAUGGUGUCGAACUCUAG